GGUGCUGUUUGUAUAUACCCAUUGCUCUUUGCUAAAUUGUACGGAUGUAAGAUGAUUUCUUCAGAAGUUGACCCACAAAGUGUAAAAUCUGCUAAUGACAAUAUUCAACGCAAUAAAAUGCAAGAUUUAAUCAAAGUGGUUUCUGUGCUUAAAGAAACAAUCCUCGCCGAAUUAUUGGACGAAAAAGAAAACUACUCUUUUGUGAUGUGUAAUCCUCCUUUCUUCAAAGCCGAGGGUGAUUCAGAAAAGACACCCAAACGUCUUCCUCCACGAAAUGCCCCAACUGGAAACAAAUCUGAGUUAGUAGUUGAAGGUGGAGAAAUAGCUUUUAUCAUGAAGCUUAUUGAUGACAGCAUUUUGCUACAGGAACGAGUGCAGAUUUACACUACCAUGAUAGGUCUAAAAACCAGUUUAGUCUUUUUGAAAUCAGAACUAAAAAGUCGGAAUAUUGCGAAUGCCACAUGGACUGAAUUUUGCCAAGGAUUUACAAAAAGGUGGGGUUUGGCUUGGACAUUUUUACCGACAAAUAUCUUAGAUUUGUCAACUGCACCUACUAUGAGAAUGAAACCAGAAAUCUUGGAGAGAAAAAAACGAGAAAGACCACCCUCUGAAAUAAUUUUUCCUCCGCAUAGCAAAUUCGGCACCGUUCAAGACGUAGUUGAAGCCUUAAAAUUUUCUCUAAGAGACUUGAAUAUUGAAGCUAAGGAAUUAAACCUAGAAGGAAAAGAACACCCAUAUUGGGCUGGUGAACUCAGAGCAUGUGAAGAUUCUUGGAGUCAUGCACGCAAAAGACGUCGAGAAUUUUUACAAAAAGAAGAUUCUGUAAAAAAAGCGCACAGGGAAACAGAAAACAAAAUUAAGGCUGAUUCUUCUAAUCCGGUCACAAUUCCAGAAACUACUUAUGGUUUUCGACAUUGUCAAAGCAAAGAGCCUCUUCUGGUGUUUAUUCUGGUGGUCGAUGCGGUACACAUGGAGAAUAAAAGUCAGGAAGGAAAUGAGAUCAGUCUGUGGACUAAGCAUACUAAAAUUAUAUGUUUUCUUGAUACUUAGGACCUACUCUCCAGUUUCGAAUUAAGUCUGUAUUCAAAGUGAAUAAUAUUGAAGUGAUUUAAAUUCCUUUUGUGUGAAACUAUGACAGUUAUGGAAAAUCCGAUUUAAAACUGUUUCACAAUUAACUCAGAAAUGCGAAUAAAUUAUAGUUGUGUGAUGUCCUGAUUAAACCGAAUAUAUUUUC